AUGUCAAGCCACCCAAUUGCUCAAAAAGACCAUCUACGACAAAUCACACACAAUCCACCCCACAACCUGCCGAAGGUCUCAAGUUCACCACUGAGGAGUAUGCUCAACUCAAGUUUCUGCUUCAUGAUGCAUCUAGCUUCGAAGAGGAUACUUGGCAUGGGGAAACAAGUUAAUAGAUUAUACUACUUGAUCAAGAAAGAGAACAUCACCACUGCACCAUCCACAUCCAACGCUACUACAUGUCACCUCAACCCCACAUUCGCGGCUCUCUGGCAUCAACGUUUAGGUCACCCCUCCAAGGAACCAUCCAAAUAUUAUUGCUCAUGA